AUGGAGCCAUCCAAGCUUGGCAGCAGCAGCAUGGGCUGGAGAGGAAUCAUCUUCCUGAUUAUUGGCUGGAGCUCAAGGUUCAACAGGAGCGAGCAUCGACAUUCUGACACAUCUCACACGCACACUGCUUUCCCUCGGCCAAUGGCGGCCCCUCCGUCGCUGAAAAAUAACUACAGUCUUAAAUUGAACGGGCGUAAGAGAAGCAGCAUGAUGCGCACGAGGGAUCCAACCUGGGCCGGGAGUGGACCAAGGGGGGUCGCGGAGGCCGGACAAGCAACGGAAUACGAGAAACAACCAAAAAUCGCUAUUAUUCUUGUUGGACCAAAACGGAUGGAAGGGCACGUGGUGCCAAGAAAGCUUGGCCUCUCUCCGGCCGGCGUUGCAGCACGUGCCCCCAUCGCGCCCUCUCAUUCCUCCGUCCAGAUGCACCAUCUGCAUGCGCUGCUGUCCAAUCCCCUUUGA